AUGGCUCAGCUGCGGGAAGAUCUUCUAGGCGCGGACCUGCGCCUGGUAGCCGGGCCCCUGGAACUGGCCUCGGGCUGGCUUCACUCUGACUCGGCGGUUCGAGGGACGCUGAGCCAGGCCGCGGCGUCCUCCGAGAAGGAGAAGCAGAGCGCCGUCAAAGCCGCGGCUGAUCACGACACGGCACUGAAGGACGCCGAGGCCGCCCGCGGCCGCUGCCAAGAGCUGGAGGACGAGCUGAAGCAUCUGCGCGACCAACACGCGGAAGAAGCACGCGGCCGCCAGGUGAAGGAGGAGGAGAUGAGGGCCCGGGAGGACACCAUCAAGAACCGUGAUGCCGAGUUGGAGGAGCUGGAGAAGGCGCAGGCUACUGAGCGCAGCCGGCUGGAGGAGCUGGAGCGGGGGGCGAAGGCGAAGAAGAAUCUUGACGCCAAGACGAAGGUCCUGGCUGAGGACCGCACGACCUUCGCUGAUCUCGAGGAGAGGAGGAGCAUCACCCUCGCCAGAGCAAGCGUGUCCCCGAAUCCGGACCUCUCCGACGCCUCCUCGCCGGAUCCAGUCGUCCCCGGCUCUUCGAACCCCGCCGAGCCGCUCGCCCCUGCUGCAUGGCCGCCGGUGACCGGAGCCGCGUGUCCUCUCCUUCCCGUCCCGGCCGUACCCGUUGCCAAGUCCGUCUUCGAGCCCAACCGCCGCCUUGGAGCUUCUCCGCUACUGCGCCAAGUCCCUCUGCUCGUUCCUGCCAAGUCCCGCCGCCGCGCCCUUGUUCCUCUGCCGCGGCCCGCGCCAUCCUCGGUGAGCAAGCUGCCAACAGCACCGCAGCCGUCCUCGUCCACGCGCUCGAGGCGUCGAGCGAGGACCUCGCCGGUUCGAUCUCCUGCCUCCUUCACCCGCGCGUCGCCAAGGCCCAGUGCAGGCUGCAUCCGCUCCUCCUCACUUCGUCCGUCCUCACCGGAGUAG